CGGGCCUGGGAUUGCGGGCGGUGGGAGACGGGCAGCGGGCGGUGGGCGACGGGCAGACAAGCCUCGGGCAUCGGCGGCAGUUGUCGAGGUUCGGGCCCCGGGCCGAUCGUUCGUGAGACAAAUCACCUUCUAGACGGCUCGUGUGAAGAGUUGCUCCAGUGAUAACAUGGCCGUACCACAGCCGUCUGCAUUAUCUGGCCUGGAUGCACAGCAGACUCUCUUGGCUACAGUCGGUGGAAAUGUACAGAAAUAUACAGUCAAGAAGAAGAAGAUCCUCAAUGCAGAAGAGCUGGAGCUGUUCGAGCUCACACAGGCAGCUGGUGUUGUUAUGGACCAGGAAGUGUUCAAAAUAAUUGUGGAUCUGUUGAAGAUGAAUGUGGCUCCAUUGGCAGUUUUCCAGAUGCUGAAAGCUAUGUGUGCAGGACACAAAAUUGCAGAGGUAUCCUCAACGGAAACACCACUGACUACAGCACAGAGCAGCUUGGCAGACUCCAGAGUGAGAAAUAAAUCUAAUACCGCUAUCAGUGGCACACAGACCCAGACAGAGCGAAGCACCGCCCGUGAAGGAUGCAGCCAGCGUAUGUCGCGGCAGCCAAGCGCCACUAGAGUCCCCAAGGGCAGCAGUACUGGGAAAGCUACUGGAAGUAGUAGCAGCGCACACACAGCAUCUACCCAGUAGACUGACUGUGUUGUUGGGGAGAGGGAAUUUAAAACAGGGGUACUGUAUUUGUACUGUAUUUGUUUCUUGCACGGUCUAAUGAUACAGGCUGCCUAUUUAGAGUUUCUAAACAGCUUGUCUACAUGUCCCAUCCAGCAGAUAUUGUGCCAGAAGCAAAUUGUGAAGCAGAAACAUCAGCAAAGAGAGCCAGUUGGAGACCGAAUUUGAGAUUUAAUAUGUGAUGAAAUUUUCUGAUGUUUUGAACAAAAAAAAUAAAACCACCCUUGUUACAUAUUAACACAAUGCAAAUGCUGAAACUGAAAACCACAAUAACAAUAAAAAUUGAAAACCAAGCAAUAAAAUUAAUGAUAAAACAGGACAAUGUCUGUAAAAGGAAAAAUUGCAAAACUGUUCCAAUUAAUGCAGCUCUGGAUUCCUGGGAGGGGAAGUUCUUAAAAUUCUGCACACUGGAGAAAGUCAUAAUAGAGUCAUUUCGAGGGAACCAACAAAGAAGUCCCCCAAAUCAUGCCCAAAGCCACAUAAAACCAGAAUGACAGCCUCCUGGUGAACAUGUUUCACUAAUUUCUUAAUGUUGUUUUCACUAGAGAUUCAUUGUUGCCUCCAAAUCUAAUAGCCACAUUCCCCAAUGUGACUAUUAUACAAUAUUAUCCUUCCCAACAAUUGCAUCUGGAAUUCAUGUCUUUCCAUCAAUGCUGAUAAACCACCCAUUACAUACAGAGCUUAUCCAAGAAUUUAUCCUGCUGCCUAGAUUAUAGUUUAGACCCUAAACUAAGGGUACUAAAAUACACCUUGAUAUUGUUAAUUUUCCAUCUAUCAAUAUCAUUGUACACAAGAGUCUUAUUCCUAGCAGUUAUAUAAGAUUUGGAAUCUUCACACCUAUCUCUAAAUCUGCUUUGAAACAAAAUGAUUCAAUGAGCCUUGUACUCUUACUUGUACCCCAAUAUGAAUUGCUCACAUGUGACAUUGUUGGCUAAGGCGGUACAACUGUGUUUAGUUUAUUGUCAAGUGUACCAAGAUACAGCGAAAAGCUUUUGUUGCGUGCUAACCAGUCUACAUAAGACAAUAUCUGAUUAUAAUCGAGCAAUCCACAGUAAACAGAUACAUUAUAAAGGGAAUAAUUAUCCAAAUAAAACCCACACCUUGCAUCACGAUCCAAUGAACGAAAUAAAACAUCCACCACUGCAUUAAAUAAAAUAGCAGCAAGUGGGCUCCCAAGCAUAGCCCCUUUUUUUUUAAAGAUUUGUGAUAUCUUCUUACUGUAUAUAUGUGUGGAUUUCUGUCUUGCCUUCUUUCAUUGUUAAUAUGUUCAAAUAAAGGUCCAUCACAAGACCAA